CAUGUUUCUUUCCAGCCAAUCACAGCCCUGUUUUCUCAUGACACCGUGGGAUUCCGCGAAAUUGUUUCUUGGAGUUCGAGAUGUGCUGCUCGCAGUAAAAUAGGACAAGUUGACGCAUGUGUGGCAGUGCACAGAAAGGCGGAAUAAACGCAGACACAAUAGCUGCGUGGAAAAAGCGCUCUGUUUUAUCGAUCUAGUGUGAAGUAGAAAAUAACUUAGAAGAGGAGAGGAUAGGAGAGAGGAGGAACCGUGAGUGAUUCAGUCUGCUAUCUUUCCCGUGGGGGUGUUUAUUUCUCCACCCUGCAACCUGAACAAGAAAACGCAGCCUUUGCGGAAUAGUCACAUUGAAGACGACACGUGUGGAUGGUUAACCGCAUGUUUCCUGGGAGGGCUGUCGACUGAUUACCUUAAACUAUCCUUUUAUCGCGUUGUUCUUUGAAAAGAAAGCUACUUGAAACACACUGCCUCUUUAUUUAUCCGGAUCUGCUGUAGUGAUGUCGGAGGUCGAGCUCUCUGCAGAUUGUGUCCCCAGCAGACCACCGGGUCGGACAGAGGACAUGUUGAAAGAGACCCCAGAGAACAGGACUUUACUCAUGGUGGCUAUGAUUUUAUUGGACUUGAACAAAUGCAGCCCUAACGCCGGAGGAGGCAGCAGAUGUCUCGGGGGCAGUGAAACCGGCUCGGUGGAGAAAGUGGAGCGGGGGAGUUGCCGGUUGAACGCCGGGGACAGCCAGAGGGGCUCGGUGGCACCCAAACAGUCCCGGAACAAGAGGGCGGCGGCGGCGCAGGCAGAGGCGGUGUCCACGAGACAGGAGUGUCCCGAGAAGAGACACUGCUGUCCUUUCACGGGUUGUGGGAAGAUGUACGGCAAAUCGUCCCACCUCAAAGCCCACCUCAGGGUGCACACCGGGGAGCGCCCCUUCGAGUGUACCUGGCCAGACUGUGGCAAGAAGUUCUCCCGAUCAGAUGAGCUCACACGUCACUACCGCACACACACAGGCGAGAAGCGCUUCAACUGUCCCCUGUGCGACAAGUGCUUCAUGAGGAGCGACCACCUGACCAAACAUGCCCGACGACACGCAGGCUUCCAUCCCAGUAUGCUUCAAGGUUGCGGCGCGGCCAAGAGACGCCGCUGCUCUUUGUCCUUGUCCUCCUCUGACUCCGGAGACCAAAGCCCUGUUGGGGUGUGAGAAAACCCCCCCUCGCAUACUGUACAUAUAUACAUAAAAGAACAUGCAUUGAAUACAGAGUCAUGUACAAACACAGGCACACCCAUUGGGGAGGUGUGUGCACCAUUAAACAAUUUCUGUCAAGACAAAUGGAACAGCCAGACCACUAUUAGACGACGUUUGUUUAUGCACGUCAAGAUAUGCUAUAGCAGACAAAAACAUGAAUUAGAACAUGACUUUAAUUAAAGCAGAGCCUCCCCUCCUAUUGCAUGAGGUGAUUGGUAUUUAUUAAGGGUUAUUUGGCUGUCACACAGGCUCUCAAUGCUUUGCCAUUUUUAAUUAUUUUUUAUUUUUGUGGUAUAGUUUCUUUUUCCUGGAUCAACAUGCAACCCCAGAGGCAUUCAUGUACAUAUAAAGUUUUUACUAACACUACAUGUGCUCACUUUACAGCACAAACCUCAUUUGCAAUCGAAUAUUAUGGAAUAAUGCUUUGGUGAAUAUUAUUGUUGCACACACACUCAUAUUUGUACAGUAACUCUCCAGUCAAGGACAAGGAUAAUGUACAGAAUAGAAACAGUGUUAUCUUGUAAAUAGAUUAAACAGAGUAUCUUGAGAUGGAUGAUGUACUCGGUAUACUGUAGUUCAAUGUUAUUAGAGAGUAAUAAGACAAAGCUAUUAUAUAGAAAAUAACAGAAUGUCUAUGUUUGGGUAUGGACUUAGUAAGUCAUUGUGAGCUUAUAGGUCUUGGCAGCGUGUUGAAUCUGUAUUGUUUUCACGUCAUAAUACACUUUCAAAUAACCGCACCACAAUACCUUUGAAAGACCCUAAUACACGUGUUUUUUUUUUUAUUGUGAGUUGUGUUAAUAGUGCAGGAAAACACAACAGGGUAAAACACAUUAAGAGUGAAGUCUGAGACUUUACUUCCUCACUUGAACACUUUUUUUGGUUAAGAACAUAAUCAUUCUUUUAAGUUAAAGUCUGUUAACUGUUAACAAGGACGUCUGUGCCUUCAAGGGUUUUGUACCCGAGAGGAAUUUCUACAUUUUCAAACUGGGGACAAACUACCUAAAUGAACAUCAUCAGAUUAUUUGUGUUAAAUAUCAAUGACUGUCUCAUAUGCCAACAGUGCCGGUUGCUGCACAUUGAAACAAACUUUUGUUUACUCUGUAUCUGGACUGCAUCAUUUCAGGGAAUAAUGAGGUGCAUGGUGAUUUCAUGAAAAAUAUCACACCCUGGUGGUGGCGUGGAAGCACAACAUUUCUCACCACAGAAGCUCAUACAGACUCUUUUGAAUUAUCCUUCAGUCUGAGGCAAACUCAGAAACUUUGUUUUUGAAUCAAUGAAUUACAUCAAGCAGCAUGUUUGUAUGUAUUUGUUUGGUACAAUGUUUUUUUUAAAUUGUCUGGUAAUCUUUUAUAAUAUUAAUAACGCUGUAAGAGGUAUUUCUCCUCCACUGCAGGAGCCAAAAACAUUGUUUAUAUCAGUUUUCUUUUAUACGUGCCACAUAAUGCAUUACAACGCCCAGAUAGAGAACAGUGAGGUGUCAACCACCUCUUAGGACACAAACUACAGAUAUUUCUAAAAUAAAUUCUGUUUUUAGUUUUUGGCAUAUUGAUGACUGUGAUUAGAUGUUGGUGCCUUUCAGGUUGAAGUUGUUACUUCUGAUGCUACUGUACCGUUAUCAGGGACUGUCAAUGCAGACCCACUGUUAUCGCAAUAUCCAUGACUGUGUUAUAAUUACUGCUCAACAGUUUUAACAUUAAAAUGAUUAUUCUUAUUAA